AUGCUUGGACCACAUCUAGACCGUGUCGAGGGUCAUAGAGGUUUGCCGAGAAUACCUCCUUCCCUUGUUCUAACCUUCCUCGACUACGAGAAAGCCUUUGACAGCGUAGAAACGGAUGCAAUACUGUCAGCGCUGGUCGAUCAAGGUGUGGACGCGUCGUAUGUGAGGACAUUAGCCAAUUGCUACGAUCGAUGCACGACUAUGAUACAGCUUUUCCACCGUCCCCUCACCAUACCCAUUGGAAAGGGGGUAGACACGCCAUCUAAUUAUCUAAGCAAGUAA